CCGGGUGGAUAGCUUAAAUGGCGGGUUAAUUGAUCAACCUAUUUAGGUUAGGUUUCAGACACAUUAAACUACCACCGGUAAACAAACACUUUCAUACAUGCUUCUGUAACAAUAACGUUCCUAAAGACCAAGCUUAACGUUACCAAUUACUGAAAUUUUCAGCCACUUCAGCCAAAUAAAAGCACGAUCUAUGAGACAGGUUGGUGGAAGAUGGUUUCACCAUAACUUGACUGGUUUAGAAGCUGAGAAAUUGUUAACUUUGAAAGGUGUCAGUGGUAGCUUUCUUGCACGUCCUAGUCACAGUACUCCGGGAAGCUUCACACUGUCAGUUCGUCGUGGUGAUGAAGUUACACAUAUUCGCAUACAAAACACCGAAGAAUUUUUAGAUCUGUAUGGUGGAGAAAAGUUUGCCACUUUAUCAGAAUUGGUUACAUACUACAUGGAGAAUGAGGGUCAACUUAGAGAAAAGAAUGGUGACCUUAUUGAGCUAAAAUAUCCUCUCAUUUCGGAAGAUCCAACAACUGAGCGUUGGUUUCAUGGAAAAAUUACGGGAAAAGAAGCUGAAAAGAUGCUCCUAGAACGGGGCAAACCUGAUUGUUUUCUAGUUCGUGAAUCUGUUCACAGGCCAGGUUCUUAUGUUCUGUCAGUUCUGACAGGUGAACAAGUUGCACAUAUUAUGAUUCAUGGGAAGCCGAAUGGAAUGUAUGAUGUCGGUGGAGGGCAUCAGUUUUCUUCAUUAAAGGAAUUAAUAGACUUCUACACAAACACUCCCAUGGUCGAAAAGAACGGAGGUUUGGUGUCACUAAAACAGCCUUUCAAUGCUACUCGAUUUAACGUUUCUACCAUCGAUCAGCGUAUGCACCAGUUGGAACAAGAAAGUGGCCAUGGUUCUGGAUUAGCUGGGUUUUUAGAGGAAUUUGAAGAGUUGCAUCAAGAAGCCCAUGUGAAGAAUAAUCCACGUGUGGAAGGAUAUCAGUCUUACAAUCGAGACAAAAACCGUUACAAGCAUAUCCUUCCUUUUGAUUGGUCUCAAGUUAAACUUCUUGAUGGUGAUCCUGAAGAACCGGGUUCUGACUAUAUCAAUGCUAAUUACAUAUCUUGGCCUGUUCAUCUGACCGAAUCUCUUUCUAAUGGUAGUUCUUUCUGUUGUGUCAAAUAUCAGCCAAUUUCUUCAGUUCCUGAUCUGAAUAAUAAUAAUAAUAAUCACUUUAAUACUUCGAUCACUACCUCCAAUUCUCCACCCACUCCAAAUAGUUCUGCUGCAUUUUUCUUUAAUGGAAAACCACGCUAUAUAGCCACCCAAGGGGCUGUUGCUAAUUCACAAGAUGCAUUUUGGCGCAUGAUAUGGCAAGAAAAAUGUGCCGUUAUCGUUAUGAUCACAAAAAUAACGGAGCGUGGUAGAAAUAAGUGCAUUCGCUAUUGGCCAACUGCAGAAGAAGGCAAACGAGAGUUUCCGAAUUAUGGUGGUACGAUUCGCGUCCAACAUUUAUCGGAAAGGAACUCCGUUAAUUACACUCUACGUGAACUUUAUAUGACUAGAGAUACCUCCAUAUCCACAAAAAACCAAGAAAUUCAGUCUUCUAAUUUAUCAGAAGCUGUUACUCCUUCUACUUGUUCGAGUCCUACCAUCUCCGAUGUACAUCUUAAUCAGAAGGACUGUAUGUUAAGUAAGACGAAAUCUCAUCAACCCGAUAACACUCCUGCUACCUCCAAGAGUCCUGAAAGUAUAUCUGGAGAAGCAAAUACAGGAAAUGGACAUACUGUUUAUCAUUAUCAUUUUACUGUUUGGCCCGAUCAUGGAACACCUAGUGAUCCUUCAUGUGUACUGGAUUUUAUGCAUGAUAUAUCUGCUCGGCAGGACAGUAUUCCUGGCGCUGGACCUAUCGUCGUACACUGCAGCGCAGGUAUUGGACGUACUGGAGCAUUUAUUGUAAUCGAUAUGCUCAUAAAUUAUAUCAAAACAAUGGGUCUCAAUUGCGACAUAGAUAUUUCCCGCACAAUUCAAGCAGUUCGUGAACAGCGUUCUGGAAUGGUUCAAACAGAAACUCAAUAUAGAUUUAUUUAUAAAGCUGUACAGCAAUAUGUAAAUACAAUGUCUAAGCGUAUACAAAUGGAUAAUGAUCUUCGGCGUACUGGUAGAGAUUACACUAAUAUUAAUCGUGCUGCCGAUGACAUUGGUGUAAUUGGAACAACAGCUGUCAGUAUUUUUCCAAUGGUUUGUUCCCAUGAACAACAUAGUUUGACACCAAAUUUUAUUCCUGGAACAACUGCCCACAUUUCCUCAGUUACUGGGUCUUCCGUAUCUGCUCCCAACAGGCAAUGUAGUUGUCCUAUUCACUCCUGUUCACAGCGACAACCAACACCAAAUCAUAAUAUAUCUCAAUCUCCUGCUUAUCCUACCAACUGUUCACAAACUGUUAUUUCAUGCACAACUGUAUCAUGUACAACUCCAGUUGUAUCUGUGUCAUCUCGAAAUUCGGAUUCUGUAACCAGUGGCUUUUUUCAUCGACUGACUGCGCCUAGUCGUCCUCGUACAAAGUCAUAAUACCUUUUAAAAACAUGUUUUCCAUUGAUUUGAUGAUUGACCACCAAUCAAAAGACUGUCACCAACCUAGAGCAAAUGAAUACAUAUUUAUGAUGAAUAAAGGUACUCAUGAAAUGAAAUUUUGAUUAUCUCGUGUUACAAGGCAAGAAUGUUUUGGACGUGUUUCUUAUCUAUCCCUCAUACCUCUACUUCGUCUCAUUGUUGUAGCAUUUACAAGCCUGUUCUGCUAGACAAUUGGGAAUGGAUAUUUGGAUUUAUUUUUAUUGUUUGAAAUGUUUUGAUAAAUGAUGACCUUUAUUUGUGGAAACUUUUAAAAUUGAAGAAGCAUUAGGCGUAAUCGAUUUUUAUGUAUGUUAUUUUCCGAAGAACUUAUCGAACUUUACUCCUCAAUCAUUUGUCUUCGUUCUCGAUCAUGUUUAUCCUUUUCAGAUCAAUAAAUAUCACAGGAGCUUCUUCCCCAUUUCAUAAUAUAAAAUUAUGUGAGGAUCUUGUAUGAAUUACUUCAACUAUUCAUUAAAUCUAUGUAUAUAUUGAUGCAAACAAAUUUUACCACGGAAUAGCUAACUUUUCGUUUGCACUAUUUGCCUAUAGUAUUUUUCUCUCUCUGUUACUAUGGGUACAGAAAUGUUAGUGGUAUAUGAAUAGUAUGUAAAUGUACUCAUUCAUUACACAAGCAUGAUUUCAAACAUAUUAUAUCUGUGUAGAAAUAAUAAUCAUGAUUAAAAACUUGUUAAAAAUUUUGUUCUUCAUCACAGAAUAAUCAGUAGUCUUUUUUUAAUUAAUAAAUAUUUUGAUGCGUAUUUUGUUUAAAUGUUGUAUAGACAAAUAGUAUGACAUGUAUUAUUUGCAUUACCAGUACUGAGUUGUUUGAUUUUUUUUCUAUUGUUUACUACCUAUCCACCCACUUUAUAAUUUUAUUAGUUCACUAAAUUUUGGUUCGAAUUGAGCAUUAAAUUGUUUUCACUCCAUUAAUUAAAUUUUCAUUUUGGCUUAUCUUCUUCUUUUGAAUAACAAUUAUUGUGUAAAGCUUGGUAUGAAAAACUCGUCAUACCUUUAAAACUAUUAUACCUAUACAAAUGAUAUACAAUUCAAGUAACAGUUUUCCACAGAAAUGUAUAUUUUCAUCCAUUUUUUUUGGUGUAAGAGAAGUGUUGUUCCUAGAUUUUAUUCAUUUUUUUUUCAACUUAUUAAAGUGAAAUUCUGCCGUUUUUACAUUUUUCUUUCCUUGAUUGGGUAGUGAUUUUAAAUCCAUCACAAACAAGAAAAAGUCAUUUGAUAUUGUUUGUAUGUGAUUGCUCAAUUCUCGUACAAAUGUUUUUUUUUUCUUGAAUAACGUGUUAAUUAUGUUAUUUUCAUUCUAAUUAUUCUUACUGUAUUAAAUUAUUGUUGAUUUAAUUAAAAAAUUCAGUAUUUAAAUGCAAGCAGGUAGUUUCUCGCGUUU